GCAGGCCACGUGCGUGACAAGCGGACGGAUCGGAGACAGUGCGGCGUGGUGCAUCGAUGCCAAGUCGUCUCGGUCAGUCGACCAUCACCCCCCGUUGGCACCUUGCUGCGCCUGUUGCCGUGACCUCCUUUGCCAGCGCAGCCCUUCGACUCCUCACGUGGCCUCAAAAGUGCACCCAGCAUGGCACAAGCGCCGUGGUGACGUCACCGCCACUUCGAGCUGAAAAAUUGCCCGACCAUCAAACAAGAAAACUAAACUGGCACUUAAAAUUCUGCAACACUCACGAAUUGUCACCGACACCACCACCACGAACAAUGAAGCGGAUCGUGAAACCGAUCCGGACCUGGAUCAGCAUCGCCCCACGCACACUGCAGGGCGCAGCACCGUGCCCUGGCUGGCACCGGCCGUCGCUUAACAAUUUAAACCUCCGCAGAAGUUUUCCGGACGGUCCGUCCGUCAUUUCCCUGGCGGCGGGGUCCAUUGAAAGCACAGGCAGCGGCACGCCGUUUCAGAGGCCGUGCCAAGAACGAUCUCUGGACGGCCUGUGGUGUCAGGGUCGGACAGCAGCCCGACAAAGGAGCGCAGCACGAUCCAGAACAUCGGGGCAUGGCAGCCUCACCGGGCCGAGGUGGCCCUCGCCUCCGCGAGACUUCUCGACCUGGAUUUGGUCUCCGCGCGCCGGCCGUCCUGUGCCCCCCAUCGAGAGUGAAAUGACGCGGGCGCGGUCAGCGACUGCGCCUCGAGCCAGGGGGGCGUCUGGAGCCGGGGCGGCCGAGGGUGCGGGAGGGGACGAUGGUGACGGCCUUGUCGGCCGUGGCGAAGACGUGGGAGGAUGCGGGAGAAGGGAGACGGCGCUGGGCUGCGUCCGCUCAUGGAGCAGACGAUUCCGAGCGGCGGGAAUCUCCGAGCCGUGGGAGUCGGCCGCCUACAUUGUCGCGCACGUGCUUGGGGCUAAGACGAUGGCGAGCCUGGGCAGGGCCGUGCUGACUCGGUCGAUCGCGGCGGAGGCGCAAGCGAAGGUCGGGGAGCUCUGCCGUCGACGUCUCACGAGCAUGCCUGUGCAGUACGUGCUCGGCCAGUGGGACUUCAUGGAUCUCACCCUCAAGAUGAGGCCGCCAGUCCUCAUCCCAAGGCCGGAGACAGAGGAGCUGGUGAGUGCCGUGCUGGGCUCAUCGCUGGUGGCUGCCGGAGACCAGGGAGGGCCCAGCCGGGUCCUGGACAUCGGCUGCGGGAGUGGAGCCAUCUCCCUCGCGAUCCUGAGCGCCUCUCCCUUGGCGAGCUGCGUCGCCGUCGACAAGAGUGCGGACGCCGUGGCCCUCGCUCGAGAAAACGCCGAAGACUUGAGUCUCCAAGACAGAUGCAGCGUCAUGCAGUUGAACAUCACGGCCGCUCACGCCGCCGAGGCCUUGGGAGCGCUUGGCCCGUUCGACGUCCUCGUCAGCAACCCCCCCUACGUGUUCACCGGCGACAUGGCCGCCCUGCAGCCCGAGAUACGCAGUUUCGAGGAUCCGGCUGCUUUGCACGGCGGUGAAGACGGAAUGGACUUAAUCAAAGUUGUCCUCACUCUGGCCGCGGAGGUCGUGAAGGAUAAUGGACUGGUGUGGCUGGAAACGGAGCCCAGACACCCGGCCAUGAUCCGCAAGUGGCUGCAGCAGCAGCAGCUUGCGCUGGAGUUUGUCGAGACGCGCCGCGACUUCCUCGGACAGCCAAGGUUCUGCGUACUGCGGAGGAAAGCGCGGGCGGGCGGGCGGCUGUCGGGGGCGACGCACGUCUGACGAACGGUUCCGCAGGGGGGCCCCGGCGGGGACAGAUUCUCCACUGACACAGAACGGCCGAGCGGGCGUGCGGGGAGUUGCGGGAAGCGACAGGGAAGCGUCGUCGCAUCGCGGGAGAAGGGCCGGCACCCCCACCCCUCCGCCUCCCACCUCAAAGCCUGAGCCGAGAGAACAAAUAUUUAAACAGCUCGGCAGGAGAAAUAAACGAGUAAACAUCAUCUCGCCGUGGGCGACCGAACGCCGCUGUGCUCAAGCGGAACACAUCACGCGCGGGUGACGACGACGACGCCGCCCGUCGCCUGCCGAGAGAGACGCCGCGCCGCUGGCCACGACGGCCAACAGCUCGGGGUCGGGACUCCCGCCGAGAGGAGGCAGAUUCCUUCCCCCGCCCGAUAAACGUCCCGCACGCACUGCUCGACGCGAGACGAGGGACAUUCUGCGCCGACGCCGUGGGGCGGAGGAGGGCCUGAAGCGUGUUCCAGCCUGACAGAUUUUGUCCCCACCCCCCACCGUUUACUGGGAACGUUUAAAACAUUUAUAAUUGAAGGGGAAUAGCAGAGGCGUUCUCAUAAACAAUUUAAUAUCUUCACAGAGUGCGCGCGCCAAAAUUAGUGCCAAGUGUGUAACGUCUAAUAUUUUAAAAUGAAUCCUUCUUCCAGAUGACAAGGCAUUAUUCCAGGAACUUUAAGCCACUGCAAUUCAAUAAAUUAAAAAUGUAAAAAAAAACAGAUAUUGCAUUCAUUGCGUGCUUCAAGCCCUCCGCCAGUUUUCAUUCUGGCAGUUUGGCAACGAAUUCUGUUUGGCUUUUACGAGCUCGUGAAACGAGUCGGUGGAGCAGAGGGGUAAGCGACGGCGGCCCCGCUGCAGAAUCCUUCCCACCCACACCCCCCACACCCCACACGCCCCCCCCAACCUCCAGGCUUUCCGAGAAAGCGACCAUAAAACUGGCGUCUGAUGCCGUUCCUGGAAAAUCGCAGUAGGGCGCUGUCCGUGGUAGGCCUGUGACUUGCAGUUGGUGCGUAGUGCGUGCACGCGUGUGUGGGUGCGUGUGAGUUAGCGUGUGCGUGUGCGCUUGCUUGUGUGUACCAAGUGUGUUUGUGCGUGUGACCGAGCGUGUUUCUGCGGGGUUUGCGUUCGUGCGGGUGUCCGUGCGAGUGUGCGUGUCUUUCAGCGUGCGCUUGUGUGUCGUGAGUGUGUGCGCGUGCGUAUGUUUGUGCCGGCCUGUGUUUGUGCAAGUGUGGGCGACGACAUUUGUGGGCGUUUGUAAAAAUCUUGUGUGUUGUGUCUACGCGCGUGCGUGCUUGUGUUGGCACAUGCGUCCGCACGCGCGCGCAUAUGCUCGUGCGUCUGCGCGCACAUGUGCGCCCGUGCGUACAGGCGCACGGGCGCUAGGCCGCCCGUAUGUGCGUGAGACCGCGUCUGCGCGGGGCGGGCGGCUGAGACUCUGUGGGUUGGGUUGAAGCCAGGCCUGCAGUCUGAUACCCCUGGCGACUGCCACAACCCUCCCAGGAUUACAAACAAGCAUUUUUUUUUCACCUACCCAAAUGCAUUCUGCGCCGUAAUUUACGGUAAUAUCCCAUCCCGAGACAACACGGGGGGGGGGAGGGGGGGCGUGCAGGAACUGCCCGACCUCCCAGAAGAUUUUUGCUCGCUGCAAAAUACCUGCACGUCACGGCCACAUGGCUCUCGCUGCCGAGCCCACGUCCCCCACCCCGCGGAACGGCACGUUCCCAAAUCCUAGAGGGCCUGCGAUCAGGACCCCACGGCGUUCUAGCGCCUUCGCUGCCACCGCCGCGAUCGAUGUGUCUCUGUGCCUGGAAAGCCGAGGCCCCCCCCCCCGUCCACCCCUGCCCGCUGGGUGCGUCACCGGCCAGAAUCCCUCCGCGCGGCCCGGCCGAGACAAGAUUUUGGAAGCGGCCCACGCACCCGGUGCCAAACAAUAUGGCCGUUUUUGUCGGUUUUUAAGUGAAACCAAAAAUCUUCGUUAAAGUAACAAUAAUCACAGUGGUUGGUGCCGUCACGCGGUGUGGAGUUGAAAACAUUGCGAGCCGAACGAAUGGAAUCUUUUUUUUAAGAAAGCGUUCGAGGCCUAGAAAGAAGAAAAAAAAAACCACCCCGCAAAACUUGGGUUUGACCACAUGGCGGUUGGGUCUGUGGCGCCAUGAACGUGGCUUUUUUUCGACCGCGCUGGCGAGCGCGUCCGCAUUCGGUCUGGCCCUGGCUCUCGGAGAGCUCAUCCCACAAUAACACUCAAUGCGGCGAUGCUAUUCACUGCGGGGAUUCCAACGGCAGUGCAUCAAAGUGUCUCCGGAUGCUAAAUUAUGAAACGUUGUUUUGGGAUCACGUCGAACUACGGACUCGUGGUGUGCAUGAGACCUGUGGUCAUCUCACUCAAGUGGAAACUUACGCACAUAUGAGAGGAGAGAAACUGAAAAAAUAAAUGGUAGGCGAUUAAAACUUUGAAAAACAGAAACGGACUUGAAACCGAAAAGAAAGAAAUGGAUUUCUCUUUGGCAAACUCGUCGUUCAUCAGUGGGUUUUCAUAGAUUUGUGGAAUUUCCACAACUGAUGCAGAGCUACAAUCACUGCAUUUCGAGUUUGCUUAGUUUUUUCCGCUCGGGAAAGUGCUGUUUGAGUCAGAGAGGAUUUGAUAAAUCAAUAGGGCUAAUACAUUUUUUUUUAAAUACAGUAUACAUUAAACAAAAGUCUUAGACAUGUAUUUAAUAAAUUAUGACAAUACAAUUAUAGAUUACUCUCAAUACAAUAGAUGAAGGCUUCGCCAUGGCCUUUUCAGUGCUGGGUUUUAUUUUUACCAUACUUCGCGCUCGUGCGUGCGGGUCGGUGAAUGCAGGGAGAGGAGGGCAGGGCUGGUUCCGAUAUGACUCGCCACUGCUGUUGGCCAAGGCCCGAAUCGAACUUGAGGGGUCACCGGUUUGAUAGCUCGGCGCGCUAAACGCUGCGCGACCGCUCCACCGCCACUCGAGACGAGGGCAUGCGUUAGCACUUCUUUAAUGAUUUUUAUUAUUUUUUGUUCUCAAAAAGUGCCUCCAGGACACGGCGAUAAUGAGAAGAAAAUAGAAGUAAUUAUUUUUUUAAUGCGUAUAAUGUGGAAUAAUUCUUCAUACUUGUAAUUGAAAAGCCACUGAAUAAUAAUAAUAAUAAUGUCCCUAGGAAGCAAAGCGAUAAUAAUACCCAGCGCUUCACCGACGGUGAUGCGUAAUUAGUUAACAGUGACGGAUUACUUUGUUGCGAAUCUUCACGUUCCCGUCGGCGACCAUUGCCGUAGCAGAGGGCCUACCGCAAUCCCAGCGCUCGCCCUUUAAGCCGCUCGGGAUGGAUUGUGGAGAAACCAAUUAGACCUGACGGUGGAAUUUACAUUUAUAUCUGGUGUGAGGGAGCGACGCGCCUGUUGAUCGUGGCACAGACCGCUCACAACCGCCACGCAAUAAACACUCCCGAGGUUAAUUAAAAUGGUUUUGCGUGACAGCAUAAUUGCGCGGGGUAUUAUAUUUUUUUUCUUAAAAGACAAUUCCAAAAAUAACUCUUCCGAAAUUACUCCCGAGUUAUUGAGAGAGUCACGAGCAGAUUUAAUGCGGCACUAGACAAAACAGCCCGUGUAAUCCUUGAUGGGAUUUGUGCCAAGUUUUUCAUGAAAUUAUUUAUUUCGUCACACGUGCGGUGUGUACAACGCACGCGCGCACAUCUCCGAGUCCGAUCCGUUCCAUUAUUUAUGGACGUGAGGUCGGGGGAGCCAAUGUCGAGGCAGCCGUUGAGGCUUUCCGAGGGGAAAGAAUUGCGAAGAAUGCACGGCGCACGGGAAAUGUGUUUUCUGCAGAAAAGGCACAAACAUAGAAUGGAAACGACCACAAAUCACGAUAAUGAAUAAUAACCAGGGCGAUGCAAAAAUUAACCCGAAGCCAGAAAGCGAUUUUAUUUUCUUACGAAAUAUAAAAAAGAAAUAAAUGAAAUAAAAUGACGAGUCGGAAUCUGGCGGGAUUUCCUCUGCGAGAGGAAAAUGUCAAAUCUGCUCAUGUUGGCCGAGGGCCUUGGCGAGGAGGGGAAUGGGCUUGCACGCGAUGCUUCACCUUGAGCCUGCGCUCACCGCGGCGUUUGAGAGGGGAAAAGGCGCAGGCCCUGCAACAGCGCGCUGUUCAAGCCGCUGCUGGUCGAAGGGCCUCCGCUUGACGGAAGCCCUAGAGAGAGAGAAAGCCCCCCUCGAAUGGUUAUUUGGUCUGCUUUUCCACACCGGCCAGACGUCUUGAAAGAGGUGCAAGUUGCCACACUUUACCCCCCCCCCCCC